AUGGUUGACUUCAAUAACUGUCUACACAGGAAUGGUUUAGAGGACUUGAGAUACUCUGGCACCUACUUUACUUGGACUAACAGUAGCUUUGGCUGUGCCAACAUUUCAAGGAAGCUGGACAGGGUUUUAAUCAACCAAGCUUGGAUGGCUGUCUUCCCCAAGGCUACUUGUGAAUUUUUACCACAUGGAUGGAGUAUUCAUUUUCGAGGCAUAAAAAUGUUCUCUGUGGUGCAAAGGCUGAGAGCUUUGAAAGGUCCCUUGAAAACACUUAAUAGGAAGGAAUUUGGAGCUAUUUCCAGAAAAGUUACUGCCUGCAAAGAGGAAUUGGAACAUUGCCAAAGAAGCCUUGAUCUUAAUCCUGCUGAUGAUUUACUAAGAGUCAAUGAAAGGGACUUAGCAAGCAAAUAUUCAGAAUUGUGUUUGGCUGAGGAAAUGUUUUAUAAACAGAAAGCUCAAGUCCAUUGGUUGAAAGUUGGGGAUCAAAACACUGCCUACUUCAUGAGGGCUUUCUUAUCCAAGUCCAAUAAGAGGAAAAUUGUUGCAAUUGAGGAUCCAAAUGGUACCUCAGUACAAGGACAGGAACUGCAGAAUGAGUUUUUGAGGCACUUUCAAGAGUUGCUUGGACAAAGUUAUAACCAGUAUCCAGUUAUGAAUUCCUUCUCUGAUCUAUUCACCAAGGUAGUUCCAUCUCAUUUACUAUCUCAGCUCACUGCAAUACCAUCUGACUUGGAAAUUAAGAAUUGCAUCCUAUCUUUUCACCCUUACAAAAGCCCUGGACCUGAUGGCUUCAAUUCUUGCUUCUUCAAACAUACUUGGCUAGGUGACUGCUGCAAUUAA